UAAGAACCCACCCUCCCAUCAAUCCCAGCCUCUGUACUCAAGCGAGCUCAGUCACGGAGGCGACUUCUUCCUGUCGAACAAGCACUGUGACUGGCUCCGGUGACAUGUCCGAUGGAACUGCGUCGGAAAAAACGCGUUCUGUCACAAGCUGUGGACCAAACAGCGUGCAAGGGAAAGAAAGUUGCAGACCAAUCUCUUUCAAAUCAACCUGUGAACAGAUCCCGUGGGCCGGCACCUGGACGGGCAGUAGAAGGCCCAGGUUUCAAGAUACUCUGUAAAUUCGGACCAUCGGCGUGUGAGCACGAUCUCUGCAGAGAGCGCCUUGUUCUAGGCCCACUGUCUGUCCACCAUUGUGAUUACUACCUGGCCGCAGCGCGCAGUUUGAUAUCACUGCGGUCAGUUUCGUAAGUUGACAGAAUGAAGAAUCGUCUUUCUCUCAUAAAAGACGAGCCCUAGAAUCAAGCACCGCAUUCUCUUCAUCUUCAUGCCUCGUUUUGCUCUUCUCUUGACCUUCGCCGCCUGUUUCGUGGCCGCUUUUGCCACGGAACUCCAAGUCGUCCAGCGGGACAGCAGUGCUGAUACACCCAUUGGCGGAUAUGUCCCGAAGAAAUCUCUCUCGAUCAUUGGCGCCAUCGCAUACGGGACAUCCGCGAUGGUGCUCUGGACUCAAUUCUUCUCGAACAAACCGAAACACCCCUUCAUGCUCAGUCUCAAUUUCGGAAUGUCCGCAAUGGCAGCCGGCUUCGUCCUCCGGUACAUGUACGCAACGCCGCCGUUCACUCUCGGGAAAUACAUCGCGUGGGACAUGCUCAUUUUGCUCUCGCCAUGCCUCUUUUUGGCCACGGACUACAUGCUGCUCUCUCGUCUUGUCAACACCUUCGACCCGCAGAUCGUCGACCGUUGCCUCUUCAUCAAACCGACCCGUGUCGUCAAGAUCUUCGUAUGGAGCGACGUUCUGACCUUCUUCCUGCAAAGCUCGGGCGGAGGUCUGACGGCCUCGCACAGCGCCAGCAUGGCCAAUCUUGGCUCUAAGAUCGGGCUGAUUGGGCUCAUUCUCCAAGCUGCUUCGUUCCUGUUGUUCACCUUCCUUGUGCUCACGUUUGCCUCUCGCGUCGCAACACACUACCCUCACAUCUGGAACCCGAAGACCUACGCGCCGGUGACGAUCCUGUCGACCGAGCCGCUCGAUGACUGGCGCAUCCUUGUCUUCAUCAUGAGCGUUACCUGCGUGGGCAUCCUCACGCGGUCCGUGUUCCGCGUGGCCGAAUACGCCGGGGGCUAUGACGGACGCAUCGCGACGCACGAGGCGUACUUCUACCUCCUCGACGCGCUGCCGCUGUUGCUCACCAUGUCGCUGUACGCUCUCGUCUGGCCCACCCGCUUCUUCCAUCCUCCGACGGAGAAACUGGGGCGUCUGCGGGGAUCGAGCCAGGAUUUGCUCAAGAUGCAAGGAUUCCGGGCGAUGUCUGUGUGAGGGUGCUCGCUUCGAGGAGUGGACUGGACGUUUCCAUGCUUCUAAAUGCACAGUAUUCUCCAUGUCCACUUGAAUUGACGUUGAUCGUUAGUCGCGAAAUGAUUUCAUGGACCAAUUGUUACUUUCGUU